UGACCUACUGACACAGAUCCAUGAGUCACUCACUAGCCACCUUGAAAGGGGAAAAAUCCAGGGAAGAAGAACAAGGUAGUUGGCAACUUGUAGACUUCUUCAUCUUAAAUGGAUUGAUUCGCACUGGAAACUGUUGCUGGUGCUUCAGAGCUUUUUACUUCAGGACAUUCUGAAUGUGACAAAAAUCGAUAACAUGCAAUCAGUCAAGCAAGAAGUGGACUCUGGUGAGCCCUACAGCGGAGAGGAUGCCCUGGUCCUCGCUGUGGCCUUACAAGGGCCGAGCGGAGAGUUAGCAGGUAAUGACGUUUCUGCCGUUCCCCUCAAGAGUAAAUCUGCAUGUCGUAGGAAACGGGAGUUCAUCCCGGAGGAGAAGAAAGACACCGUUUACUGGGAGCGGCGGCGAAAAAACAACGAGGCCGCCAAGCGCUCUCGAGAGAAGCGGCGCAUCAACGACAUGGUGCUGGAGAACAAACUGAUGGCUCUCGGAGAGGAAAACGCCUCGUUAAAGGCGGAGCUGCUGUCGCUGAAGCUGAAGUUUGGCCUGGUGAGCUCCGCAGCAUACGCUCGAGAAGUCCAGAAGCUGUGCAGCUCCCCCGUUGUUAGCUGCCAUCAGGAUUUUAUUCCACCCAGUGCUGACCACGGCUCAAUCAAAGAUUUGGAGCCUUUGCAGCUUCGCAGCAGCUGCAUAUCGGUGAUUAAACAGUCGCCUCUAAUGCCUGAAACAUGCACUGCAACUCAGGACGGCUUUACUCUCUGUGCAACAGCAGAUGUCAAGCAGGAACCAGCAGAAAAUGCACAGAAAAGGAGUGGUCCGUAUGAACUUUAUAACAACUGCACGGGCAGUCGCUUGUCUGACAUGUACUGCCAGCCCGCCUCGUUCACGCCAAACACCAGGUCCUCCAGUAACUCACCCAGUAGCUCUUAUGAUGGCGUCGUAAGCAAAUCAUCAGAUGGCGAGGAUGAGCAGCAGGUCCCGAAGGGGUUGGUGCCUUCUGUAGCUGACCUGAGAAGUGUCAUCGUCUCCACACACAAAGUGCCGGACCCCAAUUCUUCAGCUUUGCCCCAUAAACUGAGGAUCAAGUCAAGAGCUGUCCAAGUUAAGGUGGAGGCCAUUGACUCUGAGUACGAGCUGUCCGGAAAGUCCUCCUCUCCUGUCACCGUUUCCCAGGGAAAAUGCUUUCAGGCGGCUCUUGACUCGUCAGCGUAUAUGCAGCACUCCCAGUGCCCCUUGUCAGUACAGGUCACCAGCCUGCAAGACUGGAGCCACCAGGCGAAAAGCAACGUGUCUGCAGGCUGGCUGUCAGAGUAGCGUUCAAACCCCGAGCCUCGUCUCAAUCAAAGCUGUUUUAAAUGUUAAGAAAAACUUUCUAUGCACACUCAGAUGCUGAGGACGUAUCUACAAUGGAGACUGAAAACUUCACAAACAUCUGUAACAUGUCAACCAAAACCAUCCCUGAUGGUCACGAGUCUGUGUUGAAGUCGUGAAUAUCCUCGUUUGUUUUGUUUUUCCACUGUAUUUACAGUUACGCUGAAGUUGAACGCAGGUUUUGCUUGGUAAAUUUUCAAAGAUGGGUGUUAAAUGAUUGUCAGAAAUCUAAAUAAUUCCCGCUUCUCUCUUUUUUUCUUGUUUGUGUAGAAAAAGAGGCGGUUCGCUAAAACAAGGAAGGAUGCACACUCUGUGCUGUAAACGUCUGAUUUGUUAUUUUGGUAUCAUGCACUCAUUUUACUAAAGUCCUGCACCACUAAGUCAGGUGUUCUUUUCAGUUUCUUUCUGUUUUUGAGCCAAAUAAAUCAACGAUAAUACAUUUUGACAAAUAGGUCCAAUUUUCAAAGUAAUAAAUGUGGACCGUAAACAUUUCAUUGACAGUGACUUGAACUGUUGGAUUUAGUGAUGAUAUAAUAAAUGAUGGCAAGUUUGUGUAAAAAUAAAUAAAUAAUCGCACUGGGUUGACACGACUGAUGAAAUUGGGGAAAAACAUGAACAAGAUGUUGAUUUUGUUUGUAAUUACAGCAACAGAGAAAACGGGGGAAAACCCUCCUUAUGAGCUGGUUUCUGAUUAAAGAAGUGUUAGUAAGGGGCUGACUGCCACUCUGAGAAUUCACUGUACUUCGAUAAUAUUUUAAACCCAUGAUGUGGGGGACGUUGUUGUGUGAUUGUUUUAAAUUUUUAUUUUAUUUUCCAAAAAUUAUUUACUGUGACUUUGGUUUGUUUUCAGUCUGUCGUGGUCCAGGUUCGGUCCUGCCACAAUUUGCCUUAAAUGAGAGAUUCCUGAUCAACAUGUUGGCUUCUCCAUUGGUGAAUUAAUGGUUUAGCAGUGGAGGUUCAAAAACACUUUUCCUUAAAGGUCAUUCCUGACUUUACUACAAUCAGUGUCAGAGAUCUUAAAACCAAAAAGAAUUACGAGACGUGACAUGAAUUAUGAGGUGAAAGAUCUAUAAUAUUCCUCAUGAUCAGUAACAUUUAAAUCACUUAUUGUCGUCUCUUGAGGAAAAGUUUCAAGUGCGUUCAACAUGUUGCAGUUUCUAACUUUUGUUUUUCUGUGCAGAAACACAGAAGCCACAAAGGUCAAAAUAUUGGUAGCUCUUGUCUUUUAGCCAUUUUAUGAUUAAACCAAGAAAGUCAGAGGCUCGAUUGAGCUUCAACACAUUUCACCAAUUUAUGGAACAAUUCCAUCAGUGAGCCCUUCUAAUCCUGUGGAUCCUUACAGGUUUAAUAAAUGAAAAGACACAUCA